CCAUUCUCAGUCUCAUUCUCAUUCUCAUCAUUCUCGCUCUCAAUUCUCACUUUAUACUGCCCGGCUACCUGACGCAGCAGAGGGAUAUGGCUCCCCCCAGCAAGAAUGUACGGUCGAUCUCCCAGGAAGCCUUCGACGAGCUGGUGAAAGAGAACAUGGAAGACCUCGGCAUGGAACCUGCCGAAGCUCUGGAAGACGCCAUCCAGUCCCUCUCCAUCCAAGGCGUCGAUCUCUCCGGGAUUGUGAAGUGCGUUCCUGGAGAGGGGAGCGUGGGAGACAAUCCGGUCAUAAAGUGCAUCGAGAGAUUGAAUACUUUGAAGUCAAAUCCGAGCGGUGAAAUUGUGGGAAAUAAUUUAGACGAGAUGGCUGGCUUGCUCCGGCAAUUGAUCGAGGAGUGCAGCGUCGAAGGAUCUGGGAACGUGGCGGUGGCUGUGAGAAACGGCGGAGUGGAAACGAUUACUUCCCUUUGCUCGAAGAUUCCGAUCAGGUCUUCCGAGCAGAUUCUGGUGUUGGCGUUCGGAGCUCUGGCGCUGCUCAUUCACGAUAUUGAGGGCACUGAGAAGUUCAGAUCCAGUGGCGGACCCGCAGUUCUGAUUAGCCACUUAAGGGAAGGAAUUCGAACUUUGGGGAUCUUGAAUAGUGGUUUCAGCGUUGUUGCUAGAGCGGCAACUUCCAAUGAAGUUGUGAAGCAGUCAUUCAUGGAGUUGAAGAUUGAUGAGCUCAUACUGCAAGUCCUCAAUGAACAGAGUAAAGGGACGGUGCAGAGCUUGUACGAUGCCAUACGUGUUCUGCUAACUCCUGAUGACAACCGUGUUGUAGCCUCCGAAGUUUAUGGCUAUGCUCGAAGAUUUGCAAAGGUUGGAAUCGCAAUAGCUCUUGUAGAGUCUCUACAUGCAGGUCUUACCUCCCCAAGUCUAGUUUCAGCCUGCAUAGCUUUGAGAGCUGUGGCUGUAAAUGAUGAAAUAUGCAAAUCCAUUGCUGAGAGCGGAGGCAUUGACAUGAUCCUAAAAUGUAUUGAUGACAGCGGUGAACAAGGCAACAGUGAUGUUGCUCGAACGUGUUGCUCUUUGUUAUCCAAGUUGGCAGGAAGCGACUCAAAUAAGGCUGCCAUUGUUGAGAAGAAGGGUAUGGUUAGGCUAAUCCAAUUAUCAUCAAGAUUUGCUGACGACCCCUUGGUCCUACUAGAGGUUAUGUCCAUCUUUACAGUUCUCUCCCUGAGAUCUCCUGAUAAUGCUGCUCGUGCAAUGGAAGCUGGGGCUGGUGACCUUGCCAUUCAAGCCAUGAAAAAAUUUCACUCAACCCCUCUUCUGCAGAGGAAUGCUUGUAUGAUGAUCCGGAACCUCGCUGUUAGAAACCUAGAAAACCGAACUCUACUUCUUGGCCAAGGCAUUGAGAAAUGUAUUAGAAGAGCCAGGGAGAACCAUGGAAGCUGCAAGGCUGCCGCUACUGAUGCUUUGAGAGAUUUGGGCCUCGACAAUUACAAUUCAUAGGCCAUGAAUUGCAGACACCACAUGAUACAGAUUGCAUAGCCGUGAAUUGAAGCCCAGUUUAUCAGAUCUGGUAUCUGAUUUUAUUUGCCAUUUUGGAUAUCAUAAGAUUUCUCAGUACCUGCGGCAUUUCGUUUUGGUAAAAUCAAAUGAGUAGAGCUUUUGGGAGGGGUUUUGAGCCGUAUAUUCAAAUAUAGACUGUUGGCAAAUGUAGAUAUUUGUCAAUGUAGACAUUUCUAAAUGUGUUGUUUGUUAAAAAGGUUUUAGAUGAGUAAUUUGUCAAUGAGUUAUUUGUAUAAUGUUAUUAUUUUUUACGUGAGUAGUUUAUUUCGUGG